GAUCUGUGUUGUAGUUCAAGCUAUGAGACGUAAUAUUGACUCAGAACCUUCUAAAUCUUGACCUGGGAUAAUCUUUGGACACUACUGAUGUGUUUGGCACAACUCUGUCACAAGGUCUUCCUCUCUGCGCUCACAUAAGUGGUUCAGACGUCCAGAACAAGAGUCCAUGGAUGUUGAGUUGCUGCACGCUGCUCAUGCAGAACACGGCUCACUUCUGCUCAGGCAGCUUCAGAGGAUGAGAGCAGCCGAGGAGCUCACCGAUGUGGUGCUGUUGGCAGAAGGGAUUCCUUUUCAUUGCCACAAGGUGGUGCUGUCUGCAUUCAGUCCAUAUUUCCAGGCCAUGUUUACAUGCGGUCUGAGAGAGACCCGAGGAGGAGAAGUGCCUCUCAGAGACAUUCCUGCCCAGAGCCUGGAGCUGCUGCUGGACUACAUGUACAAGGCUGAGCUCCCACUUUCCAACAACAACAUCCAGGCAGUGGCUGCUGCUGCCUUCCUGCUGCACAUAGAUGGAGCCUUUAGGUUGUGUCAAAACCACAUGGAGGCCCGCAUGGACCCGUCGAACUGCAUCGGUCUGUACCACUGGGCCAGAGACCUGGGGGCAACUAUUCUGGCGGACGGUGCCUUGAAAUACCUCUACCAGCACUUUGCGCGGGUUUGUGAGGAAGAAGAAGUGCUGGAGCUGGACGCCCAGAGUCUUGGCGAUCUGCUGAGCUCGGAUGACCUCAACAUAUCGCAGGAGGAGGCUGUGCUGGAGUUGGUGCUGCGUUGGGUGGAGAGGCGCAGGGGUGACUCACAAAGCGAAGCCCAGGCCGUGCAGUUACUCAGGCGUGUACGGCUGGAGCUUGUGGAACCUGGAUUUCUCCGCAAAGCAAGGAGGAGAAACCCGGUGCUGCUACGGGAUGCUGAAUGCUUUGGGAUGAUUGAUGCUGCUCUCCACACCUCAGGUCUCUGUGAGACAUCAGCUCCACCUCGCCCAGCUCUUCGCUAUGGCAUGGAGACAACUGACCUGCUGCUCUGUUUGGGUGGAAUAAACAAGGAGGGAGUGCCUGCCCGACGUGGAGGAGUUGCUGAUCUCAGUUUUUGCUUUGCCGCCCACGGUAGAAAGAUUUACUACAUCCCCUCUCCACUGAGGGCCUGUGGAGGUAUGGGACAGAUCAUAGCAGGAGCAGUGACCAGAGAGAAUAAUAUAGUGGUGGCCAUUGAAGCAGAAGACCAACACAGAAUCAAAAAGGUUGAUUUCUACAGGUACGAUAAUUCAGAGGAGAACAGCUGGGUGGAGUUGUGCUCAGCUGCAUACAGGGACAUGUACGCUUUAGGGCUGGUAGGCGACGCCCUCUAUUUAAUAGGUGGCCAGAUGAAAGUGCGCAAUCACUACAUAAUCACAGACAGUGUGGAGAGAUGGUCGCUGAAGAGAGGAGGGAGCUGGCUAAGCUUUGCUCCUCUGCCACUUCCUUUAGCCUGCCACUGUGCCGUGAGCCUAAAGGAGCAUCUCUAUGUGCUGGGUGGCUGGACACCACAGGAUCUGCCAGAUGAUGAGCCUGACAAGCUGAGUAACCGUGUGUUUCAGUUUGACCCUGGCAAAGACAGGUGGACAGAGUGUACCAGGAUGAAGCACUCUAGGUACCGCUGUGGCACAGCUGUCCUCAAUGGAGAAAUCUACAUAUUAGGUGGUAUAGGCUGUGAUGGAGAGGACCGUGGACAAUCACGGCGCUGUCUGAGCUCUGUAGAGAUCUACAAUCCAGAUACAGACACCUGGAGGGAUGGACCAACCCUCCCAACAUCCCUGCUCGCCCUUCGAACUAACGCCUCCAACCUAGGAGUAGUGGAGGGAAAGCUUUACCUCUGUGGAUACUACAAGGGGGCCGGCCGUCAUGAGAUCAUCACCAAGGAGAUUUUGGAAUUGGACCCUGCGGACAAUGUGUGGACGGUGGUGGAAAGACGAGCAGCCAUGCACGACAGCUAUGACGUCUGUCUUGUUGCCAACCUCAAUCCUCGAGACCUCUUCACACCGUGAUGCAUCUCUUCCUGACUCUGAGUAACAACGCUAGGGUUCAGCAUGUGUGAGAAGUGAGCAUCUAUUCACUAAAUGUCAUAAAGUUUUCUCAAAAAUUGCCUUCACUCCUGGAUUUGAAAUGUAUCAACAACAAGGUCUGUGUGAUUGCUGUUUUAUUCUAUAUGCCAGUCUAUAACUUCCCAAAGAAUAUAGUAGUGUCUCACGUCUGUCUAUUAAAUAGACAGACAUAUCUGCGGUGAGGACAUAGUUAAUUUAGCUUAAAACUGUGAAUAGGGGCUGGCCUGACUCUACAUAUGUAGAGCAAACAUCUACAUGCAGCUCUAAAACCUACUUAUAUAUAUACAGGUUCAAGUCCACUGUGUCCGCCCACCACAGUGAGGUCACAGCAACAAACCAAUCUGACAAACAAAACCAAAAACGACAGCAGGAAAUGGUGCACAACAAGCUGAACAGUCACUCUAAAAAGCACAAACAAUAGACACAAAAUUAACGAUUAAAUGAAAUCAAACUCCCAAUUAAAGCUGUACGGCCACACUGCAAUAUCCAAAAACAUACAGCUGUUAAAAGAACCUUAACUUUUGUGGAACAGGCUACCCCUUAAACAUCCAACAAAUCACGACAACUGAGGCCUUGUGUCUUCUCUGAUCUCCCACAUAAAACGAUCAACACCUCCCCACUCACCUAACUCACUUUGCUGCUUCCUGUCCCAAUCAGAGGCAGAUAGCGGGGGACCCCCGGGUGCCACUGGUUACAUUCAAGAUCAUGAUUCAAGGCCAUCGUAGAAUAUUACAAUGACUGUGUUUAAGGUAGAGUUCGAAGCUCAUAGAUAAAACUUGUGUUAGUCUGGCAUAGUAAAGUUGAUCUUUGGCUUAUCAGCUAAACUGUCACAUUUUAUAAUACCUUGGUGUCUUAGCUAUAAUAAAUUACGUGGUUGAUGUCCAUAAUUAAUACCACAGGGUCUCCCUUUUUACUGAGUAUUAUGGACAGGUUAAUAUAUGUUCGAGAGGCUUAAACCAUUACUUUUACUGUGGGAAAUUCACACCAUAGUAAUAGGGACUCAAUGAAUAUACUUACACUAGGUACGUAGUUCACACUUCCAAUCAUAUUUCUUUACUGGAAAGGCACAAUGGCUCUUGUUUUAAGCAUGUCAUAUUAUUUGCGACUUGACUUUGUCUCUGGAUUGCAGUAGAUGAGCAUUCUCGUCAUCUUGACAUGAAGACUCAUGAUCAGAUUCCCAGUGGUUCACCGUUACACAGACUCUGGAACAGCAUAACCUUCUUUUACGGCACACUACAAUCAUUGGUCAAUUCAAGGUUCUUAUGUGACGCUGCUGCCUUAGCAGGUUUUGGGGUCUUCUUUAUUUACGGAUGUUUUGCAGAAGGGGCUUCCACCCUUGGCCUGCUCGCUUCCAGCUUACUGCUCUGUUGGAAUCUAUUCCCCGUCCUGUGGGAAAAUAAAUUGUAGAGGAAACAUCAUUGUGUCGUGCGAUGAUGAAGUAUCAGUCAACAAUAUUAAGACUGCUCCUCAGUCACAUCUGCGCUUCGUUUCUCCCUGCACCCUGCCUUGCCAACAUUUGACCAAACCAACCAAGUCCAAUCAUAAUCUGGUUCAAUAUCUGUUCAACUCCGGCACUUCUUGACUCUUAAACCUAUAUUUCUGAAGUCAGGUUUCAUUUAAGAAACAACACAUUUAAAACUGUGUAAACUGGCUUUUAUAUAAUGAGCACCAUUUAAGUGGGUCCUCUUGUUUCCAUGUUCAUCGUGUGUUCAUUCAAACAUUGUGAAUCCCAGGCUCUGUCAGGGGGUUUUUGUGAUCUCAUGGACUGUUUGUGUUGGGAUUGUUUCAGAGAGUUACGGCCAAACGCAAGUUAUUCUGAAAUAAAUGGUUGAAUCUGA